AUGACGGCGGCGGGCGAGAUCGACGAGGAUCUCCACUCCCGGCAGCUCGCCGUCUACGGCCGCGAGUCCAUGCGACGUCUCGCGGGCGCGAGCGUGCUGAUCUGCGGCAUGAGAGGCCUCGGCGCGGAGAUCGCGAAGAACGUCAUCCUCGCCGGCGUGAAAGCGGUCACGCUCCAGGACACCACCGCGUGCGAGCUCUCAGAUCUGAGCGCGCAGUUUUACCUCGCCGAGGCGGACGUCGGCGCGAACCGCGCGACCGCGUGCGCGGGGAGGCUCCAGGAGCUCAACCCCGCGGUCGCGGUCACCGUCGUCGCGGACGAGAUCUCCGACGCGCUCUGCGCGAAGCAUCAGGUGGUCGUCUGCACGGACGUUCCGCUCGAGAGGGCGACCGCGAUCGACGCCUUCUGCCACGACAACGGGAUCGCGUUCGUUCGCGGCGACGUUCGAGGCGUCUUCGGAUCGCUCUUCUGCGACUUCGGCCCGGCGUUUCACGUCGCGGACACGGACGGCGAGGAGCCGCACACGUGCAUCGUAGCGAGCGUGAGCAACGAGGCGACGCCGAUGGUGACGUGCGUGGACGACGACCGCGUCGAGCUCCAGGACGGGCAGUCCGUGAUCUUCACGGAGGUGAGAGGGAUGACCGAACUCAACGACGGAAAGCCGCGGAAAAUAAAAAACGUCAAGGCGCACUCGUUCCAGCUCGAAGAGGACACGACGUCGUACGGCGCGUACACCGGCGGCGGGAUCGCGACGCAGGUGAAGGAGACGAAGACGCUGAAGUUCAAGACGCUGAAGGACGCGAUGGCGGACCCCGGGGAGUUCCUCUUGUCCGACUUUUCCAAACUCGAGCGGUCGCCCGCGUUGCACCUCGGGUUCGCCGCGCUCGAAAAGUUCGCCGCGUCGAACGGCGGCGAGCUCCCGAAGCCCGGGGACGACGCGGACGCCGCCGCGGUCGUCGCCGUCGCGAACGAGCUCAACGCGGCCGCGCCCGCGGGCGCGAAGCUGGAUGACGUGGACCCGGACGGCGUGCUGACGCUCCUCGCGAAGACGUCGCGCGGGUGCGUCUCGCCGAUGUGCGCGAUGUUCGGCGGCGUCAUCGGCCAGGAGGUGGUGAAGGCGUGCACGGGGAAGUUUCACCCGCUGUUUCAGUGGUUCUACUUCGACUCCGUGGAGUCGCUGCCGCCGAUCGAGACGCUCACGGCGGAGGAGGUGGCCCCGGAAGGGAGCAGGUACGACGCGCAAAUCGCGUGCUUCGGCCGCACGCUUCAGCGGAAGAUCGAGAAACAGAAGAUCUUCCUCGUCGGCGCGGGCGCGCUCGGGUGCGAGUUCAUCAAGAACUUCGCGCUCAUGGGGCUCUGCUGCGGCGAAGAAGGGAAAGUCACGGUCACGGACGACGACGUCAUCGAAAAGUCGAACCUCUCGCGGCAGUUUCUGUUCCGCGACUGGAACAUCGGCCAGGCGAAGAGCGACUGCGCGGCCAACGCGGCCAAGGCGAUCAACGCGAAGCUCAACGUCGUCCCGCUGCAAAAUCGCGUCUCCCCGGACACCGAGGACGUGUUCGACGACGCGUUUUGGUCCGGUCUGGACGUCGUCGUGAACGCGCUCGAUAACGUCAACGCGCGUCUGUACGUCGACUCGCGGUGCGUGUACUUUGGAAAGCCGCUUCUCGAGUCCGGGACGCUCGGGACGAAGUGCAACACGCAGAUGGUGAUCCCCGGACUCACGGAGAAUUACGGCGCGUCGCGCGAUCCCCCGGAGAAGUCCGCGCCGAUGUGCACGCUGCAUUCGUUCCCGCACAACAUCGAUCACUGCCUGACGUGGGCGCGGAGCGAAUUCGAAGGCGCGUUUGAAAAGUCCCCCGCGGAGGCGAACGCGUACCUCGCCAAGCCGGAGGAGUACGCCGCCGCCGCGCGAGCGGCCGGGGACGCGUCCGCGCGGGAGAACGUCGAGAAAGCCGCGGAGUGCCUCCUCGGCUCGCGGUGCUCGACGUACGAGGAAUGCGUGCGGUGGGCCAGACUUCGGUUCCAAGAGGUCUUCCACGACAAGAUCGCGCAGCUCGUGUACACGUUUCCCCAGGACUGCGUCACGUCCACGGGGAACGCGUUCUGGUCCGCCCCGAAGCGGUUCCCUCACGCGCUCACGUUCUCGACGUCGGACGCCUCGAACCUGGUCUUGAUGCGCGCGAUGGCGAACCUGAAAGCGGAGGUGCACGGCGUGACGAGACCGGAGUGGGUCACGGACGACGCGGCGUUCGCCGCCGCCGUGGACGCGGUGCCCGUCGCGCCGUUCGAGCCCAAGACCGGGGUCAAGAUCGAGACGGACCCGAAGGCGACCGCGGCGGUUUCGGGCUCGGACAUGGACGACGAGGCCACGAUCAACGACCUCCUCGAGAAGCUUGACGCCGUGCGCGCGACGUUCACGGCGGACUACCGUCUCGAGGUGAUCGAGUUCGAGAAGGACGACGACUCCAACUUCCACAUGGACGCCAUCGCGGGUCUGAGCAACAUGCGCGCGAGGAACUACGACAUCCCGGAGGUGGACAAGCUCAAGGCGAAGUUCAUCGCCGGGCGGAUCAUCCCCGCGAUCGCGACGACGACGGCGAUGGCGACCGGGUUGGUGUGUCUCGAGCUGUACAAGGCGCUCAACGGCGCGAAGAUGGAGGCGUACCGGAACACGUUCGCCAACUUGGCGCUGCCGCUGUUCGCGAUGGCGGAGCCCAUCGCGCCCAAGUCUUUCGCGUUCAAAGACCUGAAGUGGACGCUGUGGGAUCGCUGGGUGUUAGAGGGCGACUUCACGGUGAAGGAGCUUCUGGACUGGUUCGCCGCGAAGGAGCUCACGGCGUACUCCGUGUCGUGCGGGCAGUCGCUGAUUUACAACAACAUCUUCCCCAAGCACAGAGAGCGCAUGGAUCAAAAGGUGAGCGACCUCGUGCGGACGGUGGCGAAGCUGGAGGUGCCGGAGAAGCGGUCGCACUUCGACAUCGUCGUCGCGUGCGAGGACGAGGAGGGCGAGGACAUCGACGUCCCGCUCGUGUCGAUCAAGUUCCGCUGAGGUGAUGGACGAGAGGCGGUCGAGGAGGGAAGACGAGGGAGAGGGAGACGACGAGAGAGAGCGUCGACGCGUGCGAAACGAAAUCGGCACGUGCGCGUGCAAAAAUAAAAUUCAACGAGAGUCACGGUCAGGGCGAAAUUUUGAAAGGUAAAA